AUACGUUCGAGCGAACUGUCAAACAUAUGGAUUAUUUAUGGUGGAAGGUUCAUACCGCAGUGUAAAAUUCACAGUCUUUAUUUAUUUUCAUGUAUUUUGCUAUAAUUUUUGAAUUGUAAUCAUGAUGGAGGGUUCUCUAAGUAAAUGGACAAAUGUGAUGAAGGGUUGGCAGUACCGGUGGUUCGUGCUGGACGAGAAUGCUGGCCUGCUUUCUUAUUACACGUCCAAGGAGAAAAUGACGCGCGGUGUUCGAAGAGGCUGCGUGCGACUCAGGGCAGCGGUCAUAGGCAUCGAUGAUGAAGAUGAUUCAACCUUCACCAUCACCGUAGACCACAAGACGUUCCACUUCCAGGCCCGAGACGGUUCAGAAAGAGAACGAUGGGUCCGCGCGUUAGAAGACACCAUAUCGAGGCAUGGUCGCCGCGAGCGAUGGUCGCGCUGUAUGCCAGCCCCAAGACACCGACAUGGCGACCUCGAGCGCAGAAUAUCGGAGGCCGAUGCUUAUCUGCAGAUCAUGAUUGAGCUGGUUUCUAAAAUGAGCGUUCGUGUGUCGGAGCUAGGUGAUCCGCACGAGAAGAGCAAAGGACAAGUUAUUCUAGAUCAUUCCAAUGUCAUGUUGGACAACAUAAAACAUUCCAUUGUGCUGCUACAAAUAGCUAAGAACACAGUUAAUCCAGUUAACGGAGUAUAUCAGGGACCUACAAAUCCUUCACAAACACAUAUCAAACAAGAUGCGGAAUUAUCCCCGCGAGUGGAGAUGGGCGCGGAGUGUCGCGAGCUCGCCACGCCGACGCAUCCGCUGCCGCCGCUCGAACAUCUCGAUGCCCCACCUAUGUCACUGCUAGUGCCGGACACUUCGUACUCAUCAUCAGAAGGCGAAGACGAUUUCUUCGACGCCGAUGACGAACCGGCCGGAGCCGUGCUGCCGGGACCCAGCGCCAGUCGCACUUGUCCGGCGGAGGGCGCGCCCGAGCAAGACUCGGCGCAGCCCGCCGUCGAUCUGCCGCGCACCAGGGAUGGAGAAAUUGAUUACGAUGCCCUGUACGAGGACGAGUCGGACAGUGACCUCGGGUCGAUGGAGAACCACGGCUCCGUGGUCACCCAUCUCCUGUCACAGGUCAAGAUUGGAAUGGAUCUCACUAAGGUUGUGCUACCGACAUUCAUAUUGGAGAGGCGAUCACUCCUAGAGAUGUAUGCAGACUCAUUCGCACAUCCUGAUCAGUUCGUCAAGAUAGUAGACCAGCCCACACCCCGAGACCGUAUGGUACAGGUGUGCCGAUGGUACCUCAGCUCGUACCACGCUGGUCGCAAGUCCCAGGUUGCUAAGAAGCCGUAUAACCCCAUACUGGGGGAGGUCUUCCGAUGCCACUGGGACCUGGACGCAGUGCCCGGAGAAGUGCAUCAGAGUAAUAAUGAGAAGCAAGAAGUAGGCGACGGUCCAGUCCCCUGGUGCACACCGGACCAGCUGUCCUUCGUAGCGGAGCAAGUAUCCCACCACCCGCCGAUAUCAGCGUUCUACGCGGAACACGUGAACAAACGCAUUCAGUUCGAAGCCUGGGUCUGGACUAAAAGCAAGUUCCUUGGUUUGUCCAUCGGAGUGCACAAUAUUGGAAAGGGGACUGUGACGCUUCUGGAUACCGGGGAAGAGUAUACGCUUACGUUCCCUAAUGGAUAUGGCAGAUCAAUCCUAACAGUCCCCUGGAUAGAACUAGGCGGUUCGGUAGUCAUAGAAUGCGUGCAAACGGGCCACAAGGCGAACAUUGAGUUCCUCACGAAGCCGUUCUAUGGCGGCAAGAAACACCGCGUGACUUGCGAAGUGUUCGCGGGCGCUGAUAAGAAGCCCUACUAUACGGCGCAGGGAGAGUGGAACUCAAGGAUGGAUGGACGCUGGACUGAAUCUGGACGCACAGAAGUACUGUUCGAAGUAUCGAACAUGAAGGCGCGUCGCAAGCGCGUGGCGCCGGUGUCCCGCCAGGCGGCGCACGAGUCGCGGCGCGUGUGGCGCCACGUCACCUGCGCCCUGCGCGCCGCCGACUGCGACGCCGCCACCUGCGCCAAGCGCCACGUCGAGCAGGCGCAGCGCGACGCCGUCAAGUCGCGCGACGCCUCGGGGGAGAAGUGGACCACGCUGCUGUUCAGCCCAAAAGGCGAAGACGGUUGGGAGUAUACCGCGCCCCUCAAGAAACGUCUCAGCACCACCAAGACAACGCCCCAACAUAAAAACGGCGAGACCACUGAGAACACUAGAUAAUCUAACAACAAUCAACCUUGGACUUAUGAAGUAAGGUAGAAACUCCUUCGUCACUACAACAGACCUUCUAGGGUAGGCAAUGUUCAGUGACGCACUGUUCUAACGGCACCACACUUCGGGUAUGCUCGGGAAUCUUCGGGGAUCUUCGGGUGAAGUCAGUCCUGUCAUGUGUCCUUCUCUUAUUUAUACAGUACUCGAAGUGUGGUUUCGACGUUUGUUUUAGAUAUCGAUAAAGUUGGACCGUUAAGUCUCUUAUGCCAUAAUUUUAGGGUUUUUUUUAAUGUCGCGCAUGAGUUCUUAAAUGUAGUAAUUUUGUUUUUUUAUAUCCCCUUCUUUCGUCUUUUGGGGAAAUUUUUAAGUAUUUAUUUUGUUAAAAUGAAGAUAAUUGAGCUAGAAAAAAAAGUCUAGUGAUGGGCCCCAUAUAAUAAUGUCAUGCGGUCUUAUAGCCAGUAAUGUUUUCAAUUGUUACUGUUUCAUGUGUUCCUUCCUAUACAUAUAUAAAGGCAUCAAUAGUGAUGACCCACUGAGUCCGAAAAUAUGUCGAUUAAAUGAAAGAUUGGUUUCUGAACACGAACAAAAUUAAAAGUUGUGAACUGCAAAUACUACUUUAAUUGUAACCUGUGUUUCAAAAGCAACUAAUCGAUAUAAUUUCGAUAAAACUGGCAGCGUGCGCGACACUAUUUAUAUAAGUUUUAUUUUAUAAUUCAUGUUUUCUUGUAAAUUCCCAAUUCUUAUUAUGGCCUAUGAUAGAAUUCAGCAAUAAAUACAAUUGUAAAUAAUGUUAUAUUUCAAAUUGCAACGCUUUGUAAAUUCUGUUCGAUUCGAACACGCGAUGUGCACCGUACGAGAAAAGCAUGGACUUAGAAACACAAAAACAUUACCCGCGCAGUCGGGUAAAUAGAGGUACGUUUUUAAAAGUUGGUCGAUGUACGGUAGUGAAAGAAAGUCGCGAAUUUAAAGAGUAUUAUGAAAUGAAAUGUUAUUAUAGUGAAUAGUCGGUUUUAGGCAGCUGUAGUGUCGAUCUAAGGUACCGUUAAACUAAUUUGUAAAAUACUGCAAGAUUUUGAAAUAUGAUUCUCUUUGGUCACCGUUGAAUUUUUACGUAAACACAAGCAAGAUACCUACAUUACAUCAAGAUAUAUUUUAUUAGUUAUGGUUUUAGGAAGUUUUUGCACCGGGCAUUUUGAAAGAGAUAUUUUGCUCCUCCUUAAUUAAAAAGUGUUGAACUUAAAAACAUGUUCAUAACACCGAUUUAUAAUAAUGAGUGUCUCUCUUCUAUCGUAGAUAUAUUUCAGAUUCUAACAGGGCGUCACUCGUAUGCAUUUUCUUUAAGCUUAUUCUACCUUGAACAAAUGCCCAAUGCGAAAACAUCCUAACUACCCGUAGAAGCGGUUAGUGAAACCUUAUAUGUAAAAGUUAUCAAAAAGGUAGGAAAUAAUGAUAUUGAUGAAAUUAAGUUGGCAAGUACUCUAUAGGAUUCGAUAAUAUCAAAUAAGUAGUGUAUGUAUGUAUAUGUAUAGUUAUAUUUUUAAUUCUUUGUGUGUUAACUAAAACGAUAGCCAUUCAAAGGAGAAGUUUGUGGUUUCAAGUGCUAGAUUUGAAAAAAGUUAAUAUGUGGAGUUAAAAAUAUAACUAUACUGCAAUACUUUUUCACACAAUGAUACUCUGAUGUCGAUUUAAAUUCUAUACUUUUUGUAUGCUACUGUAGUUUGUAUGUAGUGCAAGUUAUUGUACCUUCAGCGUAAUAUCCCGAGGUUUGUGAGUAUCGUCUCAACUUAGUGGCAAAUUGCAAUGUUUGACUAAGUAUGACAUAAGUAAGGUCAUGCAAAGAGUAUUGUUGAAUUGAUAAUCUAGGAUGUAUCAUUAUCAGCAAACUUUAAAACGUGUAUCUAAUUGAAAAGAAAUACCGAAUGUAUCUCCAAAAAUCUAUAAGUAUCUCUCAGAUCUUUAUUUGUAGAUGGAUAGAAACGUAUUCGGGGUAUUACGGUAUAAUUUAAUCUCGUUUUUACACUUGUCCAUCCGUUUGUGCGAUGUCCACGGGACUCUAAACUUCACUUACUUUAGUGGGUAGGUGCUUACACUUUCUAAGUCCACUGUACGUCGGUUCAAUUGUAAUAAAUAGAAAAGACUGACAAUGUGAACGAAAUCUUACGGAAUCGACGGUCACUUGCAAAAUUAUGAUUAAUUAUGAAUUAUUCAAUCACAUAGACUUAUUUAAUUACAUAGUUAUAACUACCAUGUUGUAUAUUUAAAUAAAAAAUUACAUUAUUUUA